GAUAACUUUAAAGGCUAUCUGAAACAUAAUAAUUUUACUGGCAUAUACUUAAGACGCAAUAUGCAGUGCCUAACAUUUACUUUUCUUAUAAUACCCUGUCUAUCCGGAAUUUUUGGACAACAAGCUUACGAUGUCUAUAAUACACACAUGACAUGGUCAGAGGCUGUGGACACAUGCAAACAAAAUGACGGCUUUAUUGCUAAUACACAUCCUGAAGUAUCACUGAAAUUACGAAAUCUCUUAAUAAAAUCAACUAAACAACCGUAUUGGAUAGGUAAAUCGCUCUCACCAUGGGUAAUGCUUCGAGGAUGCGUUGAAAGGAAGGGAUCAACUGAUGUAACUGCAGUGUAUACAAAUUCAAAGUACAAUCAGAAGUCAGAAUGUGCCGCUGCAUGUAUAGGUUCAACCUCGUUUCUACUACAGAGAAAGUCUUGUUAUUGCUUAAACAAAGAAGAAAACAUAACUGUUACAAUUGUACCAUACAAAGCGUGCACUGAUAUCUGUCCCGGAAUGUCACGUGACAAAUGUGGCGGAAAAGACGUUUUCACAUUUUACGAAUAUUAUCAUGGGGAGAUAACCGAAAGCAAUGACAUGUACAAUUAUAUUUGCAAGAAGGAUGCGUCAUACAUUCAGUGCAGCGAUGAUUAUAGAGGAUUUACUUGUGAACUGACUAAUGGGUCAAAAGUGUCAUAUAAGGAGGAUGUACCUAGAAGAGACCUUUCUUUAACCUAUAUAGAAAGUGUAGAAUAUUGUAGCAACCUUCAAGGAGGACUUAGAAUGUCACCGAUUCCCGAGUUUAACGUGCCUUAUUUAGGAAAUCCGUACUGGACAACAAUAACAAGGGCUAUAGAUUGGAACUACGAUACGGUAUCGCAAAGGAGUCCUGAAUUUAGCUGUAUAUCCAUGAUGAAUAAAUUUAACCAGUAUGAGGAGGAGUUUAGAACAGCCUCUGACAAAUAUGGAUUCGUGUGUCAAUAUGAUGAUGUAACGCUAGAGACAUAUACAGAUAUAGAUGGCAACAUAACAUCUCCUGAAUACAAGAACAACCAGCUGUAUAAAUACAACAUAACAUUAAAUAACAGCACAGGAGUUAAACUCGUAUUUGAGGACAUCAAUUUAGAGGAAAGUACAGGAUGCGUUUAUGACUAUAUCGAGGUAUUAGCUAACAACGGAAGUUUGGAAAAGUUUUGUGGAAAAUAUGAACAAAAGAAAAUACUUGUCAGGGGCAAAACAGUGCUCAUUGUAUUCCGAAGUGAUAGCAGCAUUUCCGGAACUGGUUUUAGAAUGUUUUGGUCUGAAGCAAAUGAUGUCAUACUUGUAAACGGUGCGCAAAGAAGCUCAAAUGAAAGAUCAUUGAGUGGUGGUACUAUCGUUGGUAUAACAGUCGCUGCAGCAGUGGUAUGUGUUAUUGUAGCCAGUUUUAUUGCGUGUCUAAUCUACAGAAAAACGCAUCAAAAACAAACUAAUACGAACACGGAAGACUCAUCAAACGUGCAUAAUUUAGCUUAUGCUAUGUCAUCGUUCAAUACCGGAAGCAGUAUGAAAAGCGACAAUUACAAUACCUAUCUGACUGUAACACCGACAAACGACAAGAAAAUGCUGCAAGCAGGAGCGUUAUGCGAUCCAAAUAAAGGAAAACAGACACGACAUGACGAGAUAAAAGAUGAUGACAAUUAUCUGAACGCAGGACUAGCCAGUAAUAUCAGGACACAUUAUGAUGACAUUGAAUCUCCUUCACAAAAUAAUCUCCAUACUCAGGUUGAUAAAACUAAAAAGAAUGUGCAAAUGGAAAGCAAUGCUGAAAAUGAGUAUAUUGAAAUUUAAGCGAAAAAGAACAGGGCAAAUUUGAGGGCCAUAUAGCUUUAAAUUUCUAAAAGUAGGCCAAAGAUUACUUCACAUACAAAACUUUAUACAUGAUUAAAAUGUGUAAGCUGUUAUACUUCACUGGAAAUAAAGAAUUUGUUACACACGUCAUCGGCGACGUGUAGCCAUUCUGGACCACAAGGUGAUGCUACAUGCCAAAUAGGACCUAUCUAAGCUGUAAAAAUUGUGGUCACUGACAAAAAGGUUU